AGUCGAGCGAAAACACGGAGGACGAGACGCGCGAGCAUGGCGGACGAGGAAUUUGAUGGAGAUGAUGUUGGUGACGAUUUUGAAGAGGCAGAAGAGGAUGAGAACCUCGAUGUGCAAGAAGGAGAGGAGGAUGAAAAUCAAAUGGAAAUUCUUGCUGCUGGGGAAGGCAAUCAGGUCCCCACACAGAAGCGAAUCACAACUCCAUAUAUGACGAAAUAUGAAAGAGCGAGAGUGUUAGGGACGAGAGCAUUACAAAUAGCCAUGUGUGCACCAGUGAUGGUAGAAAUAGAAGCUGAAUCAGACCCGCUACAGAUUGCUGCCAAGGAAUUAAGAGAGAGAAAAAUUCCCAUCAUCAUCAGACGAUACUUACCUGAUGGAUCUUAUGAAGAUUGGGGUAUUGAUGAACUGAUUAUAAGUGAUUUCUAAAGUAACCUGUCAUGUUAU